CUGUUGGUAGUGUUUCUGACACCCAUGUACGAUGGAGCGUGGAAGGGGAGGGUCUACGGUUUUAGCGACAUUUGCAUAAAGGAUUACUACAUCUACCUAGCAUGUAGGGCAUGAAGUAUAAGGGCUGCAAGGUGUGUGUGUGUGGGCAGGUUGCCAAGCUGAGAAUAAAGGAUUUUAGUUCAACAAUAACACCAUAACAGACUACAUGCAAGAAUGGAUUCGUGGCUGUUUCGGCCUCCGGUUCUGGUUGGGGAAAGAAUUGUGUGGCUAGGUAGUGGAAGUGGUUUGCCACAGUGUGGCAUGGUCCGCUGGAUAGGCAAAUUGCCAGAGAUGGGUUCUGACUGGACCGUUGGUAUUGAGUUGGAUAAUCCUUUGCCAUAUGGAGGUGUAGAUGGUACUUGGGGGAGCAGACAUCUCUUCACAUGUGAACCUAAACAUGGCCUUCUUGUUCCAAUCAAAAAAACCAUCAAGGAGUGUGACUUGUACCAGUGGUCAAAAGAGAACAUAGGUAGGGGAAACAAUAACAAGACAUUGGCUGGCAGAUCCAACAAUAACCACAUCUGUAUUUCUAUAAACCAUAACUGUUCUGAGGCAAAGUGGAAGGCUCGGCACUUCAGCAAGAACUUGGAAAAUACACAGUAAUCCAGCAGUCUUUAAAAUUUAUCCUAUUUAUAAGGAGUGGAAGGGAGGUCAUAGUGGAAUGGUUAGGCCAUCCAAGUUUAGCUGCUACAUUCAAGGAAGAAGAAAAAAAUAACAAAUACAGCCAUGUAUUUUUCCACUUCGCCUAAUAGCAUGGAGCAAAACUACAAUAUAAAUAUGAAGAAUAUGUGCUUUUCCUGAAAUUUAUAUUGUUUUUAUUUUGCUCAAACAAAAGGAAAGUAUUAAAAGUAGUCUAACAAGUCAACCUAUAUCUUUACAUAUACAAAUCAACCAUUUUUACAGAAGUCACACUUGUAACUGUCACCAAGUCCUGAAUUAUCUGUAGAAGCCUUGUGAAUCCAUUCCUGACACAUACCACAAUCAGUACAGUCCUCUGUGGGAGGGUGCAUGCACUUCUCUCCACAAGACAGACAAAAUAUUUCUCUUCCAUCAGGUCCUUGUACACCUGUCUUUCUUGAUCACAUUGAUUCGGUGUUAUUAAAAUACUACCUGAAUUCCAGAUUUAUCUUGCCAACAUAGAGAAGGACAUGUUCUAGUUUUGUAUUCAGUAACCAUUUAAAAUUACCUAUGAAUAGCACAAGUAAUUUUAGAGUUGUCUUAAGUUAGUGGUAUUUAAAGAGGUAGAGAAUAUGGUGCCUGACUAGUUGCUUAGACUAAAACGUAAGGGAUGCCCGACAAAAAGGAAUUACUUGGGGAUAGAUCCAGGGAAUAAUAUUGUGCUAGAAUGUUUCAGCUUGAGACCUGCAGCAAGCUUUGCAAGUCAUGGUAGUGACAGCUGCAUUUCACACCUUUCCAUGUAAGAAUGCCACAUCGUUAAUAAUGGCAUGUGAUAGUCAAGCAUAAGAGCAUCCUGACCGCAUUGUUUGAUCUUCCAUGUUGGUUGGCAGACUGCCAGUUGGGAUUAAGUGUCAUUAAAGAAUGUGCGUCCCUCUCCCUUUGCUAAUAUUGGAAAUGGUUAGUGGACAGCAACACAUGCUUGUUCAUCACAUGAGGAAUUCAGUUCUUUCAGAUUAUUCUU